UUUUCUUGACAAAAAGACUUAUUUUUUCUUGACAGACGUUAUAUUUUUAAUGUAGUAAUUUAUAUAGAAAAAAACACCUUCAUCAGAUUUUUCUGGCUGCUAGACCUUUCUUACCGGCAAAUUCCGGUGAUUAUAUCAACUUUAGCUCCUCAGUGCAUAUCCGAGGCCUAUCGGAAGUUACAAUUUAAGCGAAUGUAUUCUAUUUUUCGGAAUGCACAACACAUGUUUGACAGAAGGCCCCAAAGACAUUUUUCAAAAAACAAAUCACUUUGUGGCUUAUACUAUAGCAGUAUGUGGGAUUAUCAUGUAAAUGUUCAUGACCCAGUUGGUGUUUUUGGUGAAAAUGAUGAUAAUGUUAUAUCUUGGACUUCGAGAAUAUCGAGCUUGGUUAAAAGAAAUAAGUCCCAAGAAGCCAUUGAGUUGUUUAAAAUAAUGUUGGUGAAUGAGCAUAAGGUGAAUUACGUGACAAUGUUGAGCUUGAUAAGAGCUUCCGGGGCGACACAUUCGGAGAAUAUUACAAGGGUGAUGCAUGGUUUUGUUAUUAAGUUUGGGUUUGAGUUGGAGGUUUCGGUUGUGACUGCGCUUCUUAGUGUUUAUUCUGCAUGGGAUAUGAAUAUUGUGUUGAAGCUGUUUGAGGGAACAUGGAAUAAGGAUGUUGUUCUGUGGAGUGCGAUGGUUUCUGCGUGUGUGAGGAGUGGGAUGUAUGUUGAAGCGUUUAAUACUUUUAGGGGCAUGCAGUAUUAUGGUGUAAAGCCGAAUCUUGUGACUGUUGUCACUAUCUUACCAGCUUGUGCUGAGCUUGGUGAGUUAUGGUUUGGCAAAGAGAUUCACGGGUAUUCUCUUAAGGCAAUGUUGAAUUCUCAUACAAACGUCCAGAACUCACUUGUACAUAUGUAUGCUAAAUGUAGGAAAUUUGAGGCGUCUGCAAAGGUUUUUGGUGGAAUCCAACACAAGGAUCUUAUUUCUUGGAGGACUAUGAUUAGUGGAUGUAUGGAAAAUAAAAAUCCAAGGAAAGCACUGAAUGUUUUCUUAUAUAUGCUAUUUAGUAGUUAUAAGCCAGAUGAAAAUAUCGUACAGGAAGCACUAACGGCAGCUAUACAAGCUCGAGAGCGUUAUUUUGGUUUUGGAUUACAUUCUCUUGUGCUGAAAAGUGGAUAUAUGGCUUUUGUUUCCAUUGUCACAGGGCUUCUUCAUAUGUAUGCUAAAUUUGGAAAUGUGGGCUAUGCUAGACAUUUAUUUAAUCAGAUCCAGCAAAAGGAUUUUAUCAUUUAUAGCGCAAUGAUAUCAGCAUAUGCUCAGAGUGAGGCUCCUUCUGAUGCUUUCAUUAUAUAUAAAGCUAUGCAAUUGGCAAAUCAGAAGCCUAACGAAAUAACAUUUGUUAGUCUUUUACAUGCUUCUACUACGAUGGCUGAUAAAGGUACGGGAGAAAGCAUACAUGCUCACAUAAAGAAAGUUGGUUACUCAUUAAAUUCAUUUCUUACAUCUUCUUUAAUUGAUUUAUAUUGCAAAUAUGGUAGUAUAAGACAAGCAAAGGCAAUUUUUGAAGAAAUGCCUGCCAAAGAUCUUAUAUGCUGGAGUUCCAUGAUUAAUGGGUAUGGGAUAAAUGGAUAUGGCACUGAGGCUCUUGAGACUUUUUCAAACAUGUUGGAUAGUGGGAUUAUGCCCAAUGAUGUUGUUUUCGUAUCAGUUUUAUCUGCUUGUAGUCACUGUGGACUUGAUGACGAAGGUUGGGACUGGUUUUAUGCGAUGGAAGAGAAAUUUUGUGUUACCCCAAAACUUGCACACUAUGCGUGCAUGGUAGAUAUGCUAAGUCGUCGAGGAUAUGUGAAAGAAGCUCUUGAAUUCGUGAGCAAAUUGCCAAUUGAGCCUGAUAUCAGAAUAUGGGGAGCUCUUCUGGCCGGUUGUAGGAAAAGCAGCAACUCGACUGAAGUUGCUGAAGUUGCAGUUCAUCGGCUCAUAAGUUUGGAUCCAGAAAAUACUAGUUACCACGUGUUUUUGUCGAAUAUGUAUGCAGAACAGAACCGUUGGGAAGAUGUGGAUAGACUGAGAAAUUUGGUGGAGGAGAAGGGAUUAAGAAAAGAUGCAGGAUGUAGCAUCGUCGCAACAAACUUAUAGACUGCUUUGUGUUUCAGUCAGGCACUUGAGAAGGUUUUGCAAACUAUGGGGGUGUUUGGUUGGAGGUUAACGAGCUUGGUAAACAGGAAUGGGAAUCUGAUUCCCUAACAUGCUGUUUGGAUCACGCUUUUGAUUGCCGGGAAUGGGUAUCUGUAAACUUUUAGCCGGUAAAUUGAUAACCUUACCAGUACCCCGGGAUUUAAAGACGCUCGUUUCUCCCGACCUCUACUUUGUGUUCCAUUAUUUCCCGUUUUCUCUCCACCUCACCAGUCUCUCCUUUCUCGAUCUCUCUUCUCCAUCGCCAUCUCUCUCGUUCUCUUUUUUCCAUCUUCUCCGGCAAAUCGACAUAUCUCCCCCCCCCCCCUCUCUCCAUCUUCUCUCUUUUCUCGCCAUUGAGCUAGCCCUACUUCAACACACUGCCCAACAUCAAAGGCCAUUUCUCAAGAACAAGGAUGUGUCUGAAGCGGUUCAGAAGGUUGCCUCUGCCUAUGACUGUAAAUUGUUAAAGGAGUUCUUAGUCAUCAGCUCAAACAGUUUGUGAUUGACGGGAACAAAGUUGUCUUCAGUGUCUGAAACCCUGAUACGUUGAUGCUACUGAGUUUGAAGAGAAUGAGGUUUAUGCUAUUGAUAUUGUCACAAGCACAGAAGAAGGGAAGGUCAAAUGGACGAUUUUCUGAUGGUCGUCUCGUGAUUGAUUUCUGAGGUACAUUUUGCUGAGUAACAUUCUAUCCGACUGAAAUCAUUAGCCUGUAUGUCUCUUGUUUUGUUAAUCGAGUUGUAAAAGGAGGUGUUAAGCAAUCGAGUUGUAAAGACUUGCUUGACAGAUAACGGUGGAAGACAAUUUCUGUCGGAGCCGCUCUUACAAUUACAUCACUUUGCUACUUUUGAGAAAAGAAGAUUCUCAUUUUAAGAAAGUUAAACACUGAUGUAAGGUUGUUGUUUGGAACCGAACCAAAUUUUAUUAUGUGUAAAAGGUUGAGAAGUUUACUUGUUUAGUGUGCAUGAGGUUCUUAUGAUUUGUGUAAAAGUUAUGCAAAUAAAUAGAAAUUUUAUUUUGCUUAUUGUAGUAACAUUGGAUAAUUAAAGCAGAUUUUUGUAGGA